GUAUGAUGAUGCGAGAUCCUAGCGAAAGCUCCCCCCCCCCCCCCCCCCCCCCCCCCCCCCCCCCCCCCCCCCCCCCGCCCCUCGAAGUGCCGCUCUGACAUGCUGGAAGUUUACGAAGAAGGCUGUGAGGGCAAAUACUUCUACGUGAUCUUAUGCGGGACGUUUGGAGUUCAUUUGCGGCCUGUCGUGAUGAGCCGCAGAAAGCAGGCUCCACAUUUGGCUACCGCUGGUCGUCGCACAAGCCUUAGAGGGGAAGGAGCUACCUCUGCCCGUCGCGCAAGCCUUGGAGGCGAAGGAGUUGCAGUUGGUGUUAAUGUGGGUCAUGGAGGGGGAGACACUCUCUCUGGGGCUGUGGAUUCAUUCAGGACCCCAUUCGGUGCACGGUCGGUAAUCACCGGUGGUCAUACUCCGGCGUUCGUCCUCGACCGUCAUCAGAGCAGACUGUCCUUAUCCUUUGAGGCAGCGAACGAUGAGUUGAACAGCCUUGUUCUUUACUCAACAGCAGGAAACGAAUCUGGAUCUGCAGGGAGACCAGGUUCUAGCUCAGGUCCAAUAGCUGUGAACAGCCUUGUUCCUGCAGGUAGCACAUAUCCCGACCAACAAGGUCCACGUCAUCUGGAUGGCGGUCGUGAUCGGGCUCUCCCCAGUGAUGGCCAAGUGGCAGACAUGCAGGACACCAGACAGUCGCAAUCGAGAGUUCGCCCGCGAGAGACACCCUCGGUCAUCCUCACAGACCCUUCAGCCCCCAUGCACCCGGAGCAGAAGCUGGACCAGGAGCAGGAGCAGCGGCAGGAGCAGUGGAAGCAGUGGCAGCUGCAGCAGCAAGAGUAUAACUCUGACUCGCUAAGUCAAAUCUUAACAGCUCCAGAGUCACAUUUGUCAAAUGCACAAAGCCGCAGAAGCUUGCAGGGACGAGCAGUGGAGACAUCCAGUGAUGCGUCAGCGAAUUUGAUGAUGGUGUCAAACUUAUUGCAAUCCAUGCAAGAGCAACAGAUCCGCGAGCAGGAGCUGCAGCUUCUACCAUCACUACACUCACCUUCGGCCCGGCAUGCUCUGAGUAGGAGUCACAGUCGAAACCGAGCCCACUUCGGGAGCGUGCACUUGCAACAGAGGCAGCGGCAGACCAGACUCGAGACGGAGUCUCAUGAGCGUGAUGGUGCAGUCACUGUACAGCUGCCACAUGUUGAAGGACAAGUAGAUCCCCCUGGUACUGCUUCUGACCACUUGUCUACAUCCUUUGCCACAUCAGCAGGCGGCAUGCCAUUACAUGCUGCAGUUGUUUCGUCUUCGUCCGCCAUGGGUACUGAGGUGGACAAUUCUGCGGAGAAUGUGCAGCAUGCCGAUAUUAAGGCAAAAUGCCAUGGGGAUAAUGCGGCGGCUAAUGCACGGCCAAUAGAUGAUGUUGUGGGUGAGGCAGAUAGGUGUGAGGAUGAUGCCGUGGACAAAGUACGACGUCAUCUCGAUAACUCUAUGGAUGAGGUACAAUAUAAUGUAGAUAACAUUACAGAUAUGACGCACCAUAUUGCCGAUAAACUGCAGCAGCUGCAGAGGAACCUCAGUGUACACGAGAAAGAUGAAGACAGCUUGGGGCCUCUUCUUUCAGAAGGUGAGCGAAAUGAGGACGAUGUUUUUCCACCGCGCAGCAAAAAGAGGAUCGCUGCAGAGGAUACUGGCGAUUGGAUGGAGUUCAUCACAGAUUUCAAGAAAAUGAGAGAUAUUGACAUCAAGUAUGGAUUUUGUGUACGCAAUCUUUAUUCGGGUGACACAUUUGGCGCACGAGAGCUCCUUAGUGGAGCAAGGAGAGGAUGUACAAUGGUUGCAGAGAGCGAUGGAGAAGUACUUGUGAUUGCGAAAAGUGACUUUGUGCGCAUCCUCGGGCCAGUGUCAUCUUCUAUUGUAUUUGAACCCUGUGCUAUGAAGACACUAAUACAGAAUACCAGCCCAGCGAUGCGCAGUGAAGAGGAUGUUGAUCAGCUUCUGCACAUGACGGAGCCAAAUAAAUUCUUCCAGGGACUGCGGAAAAGGGUGCACCAGCAAAUUUGCAGGGCCCUCAGGUUCCGACACUGUGCGGGAAAUGAAAUAGUUAUGAGGCAGGGCGAUGAAGGCGGAGCUUUCUACAUCAUCCAUGCAGGCCACGUGGCAGUGCAUCAGAGAGGUGCAGCCAUGGCAAAGUCAUCAUUGGCGGCAAUCAACCAGUUCUCCUCCUUUUUGCCAACUGGCAUCCCUGCAACAACUCUCUAUGGCGAGAAAACUAAAGAGCUAGGUCCUGGCGAAAGCUUCGGACAUAUGUCCACGGGAUAUAACACAGUCAGGUGAUGAGCUGCUGCUUUUGUUUUUUUCAAUAAUGUGCCAGUUUGGAUUAUUUAUCGAUUGAUGCAUUUCGUUAAAGAGGAGCCAUAAAAAGCACUUCGUGAAAAGUAGACAUUUCAGUAAAGCUGGCCUCGAUUC